UCAUCUGCCAUGAGCUACUACUACUCCUCUGCGUCCGAGGAGGACUGCAGCUCCCAGUACCUGGGCAGUCCCAACUACAACCUGACUGGGAUUCCCGCUGCCACGCAGGAUUACGCCCAGACGGCCUACCUAUCGCCCGAAUGGCAAUUCCUGGAUGGCUCGGCCGCUGGAGUCGAACUGGCCACCAUCUCCUCUGCCUCUUCGAUGGAAAUUGCAUUGCAGUCGGAACUGGGUGCACUGGAAGCACACACUGGCAGACGUCACCAGGAUAAGUCUGGAGAGUCGGAUGACCAGAAAAGCAGUCCCGGCAACCAGCAGACCAACCUCAGUCCCACAGUCCAGAAGCGGCGACGUCAGGCAGCCAAUGCCCGGGAAAGAAAACGCAUGAACGGGUUGAACGAGGCCUUCGAUCGCCUGAGGGAAGUGGUGCCCGCUCCAUCCAUUGACCAGAAGUUAUCCAAGUUCGAGACCCUACAAAUGGCCCAGUCCUAUAUCCUGGCCCUGUGUGACCUCCUCAACAACGGUGAAGUGGAGGUGGAUGCGGCGGCCUACUCUAUCUUUGGCAGCGGCAGCGAGAGUAGCUUUGGAAUUGGCGGAGGGUCCUCUUCGUAAUUAGAUACUCUAGUUCUCUUUCUGUA